GCCUCGCAAUGACAUAGAGGCUGCGCUGUCAACUUCGCAAAAUGGCUGCCACAUCCCGGACCUUUGCUCGUAUUUCACAACCUUUUAAGAGUAGCAUUAAUACUCAUGUUUGCGCACUUUCAACUUCAAGUGUAAACCAAAGCAAGAGGCUUGAUGGUAAAGUUGCAAUCGUCACAGCAUCGACAGAAGGCAUUGGAUUGGCCAUUGCAAAGGAUCUUGGGAAAAAUGGUGCAAAAGUGGUGAUUAGCAGCAGAAAGGAAGAAAAUGUUUCAAAUGCUAUUGAAUCACUUGCAAAGGAAGGCAUUGAUGUCAAAGGUGUGGUCUGUCAUGUUAGUAAGCCAGAGCAUCGUGAGAAUCUUGUUAAUUAUACAUUGAAGGAAUAUGGAUCAAUUGAUGUACUCAUUUCUAAUGCUGCAGCAAACCCUGUAUUUGGACCUAUACUUGAUACUAAUGAAGAUGCUUGGGACAAGAUAUUAGACGUGAAUGUAAAGUCAUCAUUUUUCCUUGCAAAAUCUUGUAUCGAGCAUAUGCAAAAGAAGGGAGGUUCCAUUGUUUUCAUUUCUUCUAUUGCUGGAUUCCUCCCCAUGCCUGGUCUCGGUGCUUAUUCUGUAUCAAAAACAGCCCUUUUUGGCUUAACGAAAGCUCUUUCCGUCGAGUGCGCACCAAUGAACAUACGAGUGAACUGCGUGUCACCUGGUGUCAUCAAAACUAAAUUCAGCUCCGCCUUGUGGAGUAGCGAGAGAAUCUUGAAAAGUGCUAUGAAGCAAAUCCCUCUUCAAAGAAUCGGCGAACCAGAAGAUGUUUCUGGUUUGGUAACAUUUCUUGCUUCUGACGAAUCUAAAUACAUUACUGGAGAGAACAUUGUGGCGAGUGGGGGAAUGCCUUCCAGACUGUGAACUUUGUAAUACCAAACAACUGUUUUGUAUUACUUGAAAUUUAAAAAAAAGAUUCUAAAAUAUGUUUGCAUUUCCGUAAUUGCUUUGUAAACGCUGAUAAAUGAAUUUAGUGAGAUGAUUUUAUAUAGAUAUAUAGAGAA